GUCGCCUACCCCUCACACCUAUGGGUGCGUAGUUUCAGUCUGGCCACAAUUGUUGUUGUCCCGCCAUGAAUUUCUCCAGCAUCACGAAUUCAUCCGACGUCGUGGAUUAUUCCGGCGACAUUGUGGGUCCCUUGGAAUUCAACUGCAGUCAAUACGAGUUUGGCAAAGAACCGCCCAAUGUCACUCAACACUUUGACGCGCUGGGAGUCGUUGGUCUUGGAUUUGCUUAUGGAGGGACGGCAAGUUCGGGCCUGCUCACACUUAUCUUUCUGAUCCAAAUUUGUUCUAACGUUAGGAAAUGUCCGUGGGAAUGGCAACGACCGCUCAGUUGGAUCAUUUCCAUGCCGAUGAUCAUUUCGUGGCUCUCACUGACGUCCUUUCUGGUCCCACGGGCCGGUAACCUGUGCGGAAUCGUCAAACAAUCGUACAUGCCGUUUAUGCUGAUGCAUUUUCUCGAUCUAGCGCUCAUGAUCGACGGUGAUGAAGAGAAAGUCCUGGAAAUAUUGAUGGACAAUCGAGUCCCAAUGUCCCUUUGCGCUGCCCCUUGCUGUUUCUUCGGCAUCUGCUGCGGCAGUUCCAUCGUCACCAAGCGAGGAUUUCGAGCUCUCAGAAGGAGAGUGUAUCAAGCCCCGUUAUGGCAGUUCCUCCUGACGAUGGCCGCCGUCGUCUUGGAAAUUGCUGAAAUUAACCAAUUCCUUCCGGAACAUAUUGUGACGCCUCUAUUUCAAACCUUGGCCGCCCUCAAUGUUUUGAUGUACAUGUUGGGCAGUUGGGGUUUCAACGUCAUCGUCAAAACAUUUAAAGGAUUGGAAAGAUCAAAUUGGAAUCGUCGCAUGAAAAAAGCUCACGCUUUGACGCUCUUCAUCGCGGCCAUGAAGAUUCAGAUCUUCAUUCUCGGAUUGUUGGUCGAUUACAGCGAUUACAUUCCAUGUUCGCCACCGGCAGUCUCACCCGCUCACAUGAAACAAAGUAUGGAUGCAAUGUUGAGCCUAAUGGAGGCCCUCAUCUUCGGCAUCGUCUUCGCGUUCGUUUUCCGCGUUCGCAUCAGCGACAUUGAACGCGCCAUCAAAGGUGAUGGCACCGAGAGAUCGCCCAAUUUCUACCUAGUCCAAAAUAUGCAAUAUCCCAGCACUCAUCAAGCCUACGAUGCACAAUAAUAGCCAUGAGACUCAAUUGCGCUGGAUGUAUAAAAUAUUAAGCAGUUGGAAAAUACAAUAAUGAAUGGAAACAAAAAAUUAAUGACAUUUUCUCGGAGACAUGUCGCUUAUUAUAUUCAAAUCUUGGAAAAUUAUAAGGGACAGUGCGAACCGGUUUAGGCAACUUUUUUGUGUUGUCGUAGAAAUCGUCUUUACCUGUUGGUUUCUGCUAUGUAUAACAGCGCAGCAUUUGCUCUACUUUCCCGCUGGUAUUGCGUGGGGAACGAUUGUCCUUUCUCCCGUUUCUCUCAUAACAACGUGCAGCUGAGUGGAGACGGACCUUAGUCAUACGUCGGGAAGCAAACUGUUCACUUGUUCGUGCCAUAAAUAUCAUCCAAAAGUUUCUAAAUCAUUUACUUUGUGGGGCUCAACCCAAAAGGGUCAAAAUGUAUUCAUCGACGGAGACUUCAACGUCGACUGAGAACAAGAUGUACUACCACCAUCACCAGCUGAAGAAGAUGAAGCAAGGGCGGAACGAGCGCAUCCGCAAUUUCACGCGGCGCAUCGACGCCGCCUUCAUGGAAGCCUACGGAUGUCGUGAUUUUCCCGAUCCCGAUUUCAAUUUAUUCCGUCGAGGAGUCAAAAAGGAUGUCCUGGUCAGGGGAAUGCAGCGAUCCGUCUGGAGGGAACUGCACUCGUCCUACCUGUUUGAACACAUCACCGACGAGGAAGUGUCGUGGCACGAUUUGUGCGAAGCCGCCCAGAACGCCGAAUGGAUUGUCGAUCUGAUGCGCAUCGGCUCUUCCCGCUACGUCAAUCCGCCGGCCGUUUCCGAUAAGUUACUCCACUCGUUCAGCAUCAACCGCAACGGAUUCGUACGCGUCUACACCGACGGCAUUUGCCUCCAAAAAGGACAUCCGGACGCUCAGGCUGGAAUUGGCGUCUGGUUUGGCCGCAACCACCAACUAAAUUUGAGCGAGCCGCUAGACGACCGAGACGACACUUCGAAAAGUGCAGCUGAAGUCAGAGCGGCUAUUGAAGCCAUUAAAAUCGCAAAGGCCUGGGGUAUCGGCCGGAUGGCCAUCCACACUGAGUCCAAGUACCUGCGCAACGUCAUCGAAAAUCUCAUUUUUUACUGGAUGGACAACGGUUGGAGGAAGACGACUGGCAAUUUAAUCAAACACCGGAAAUUGUGGCGUGAACUCCUCUUCACUCUGGAAGAAAUGGAUGUCGAAUGGAAAUAUCUCAAAGGGCCCGGAAUCUACGACGAUGGAUCGUCUGCCGCCAAACGACUGGCUCGUGAGGGAGCCGAACGCUAUUAAAACACGCUAUUUGAUUGCUCAUUGUUUUUGUAAAUCACCGUAUAAUGAAAUGAUUUGCUGUUAUUCUGAAUUCACUAUGAAUAAGUCAUGAAUUAGAAAAAUAAAAUUUGACUUCGCUA